AUGGGAAAAUGCGUAGUUGGAGAAGUACAGCUGGAACGCGGAAAUCAAACGUUAGAAGCAGCAUUAGGAAAAUGGAUGCAGUCAACAAGUUCUAUUGAAUGGUCUAAAGGAUUAGCACCAGUUGUGUACGCGAUUAAUACCAGUGAAGCACAGUCCAUUAGCAAAACACCUUAUGAGGUUGUUUUCGGACAAAAACCUCGUUCCGGCUUCGAAGUGUGGAAGCUAUUGAGUGAAACUGUUGCUUGUGGUGAAAGUAACCUUGUUUCUCAACCCACUCAACGUGCUAAAGAAGUGACCACAGCUGUUCCAAGUGUACUUGACGCAAUACAAUUAACUAAUACUACUAUCUCAUCAACUACAACAACUGAUUUUGAACGAUCACAAUCACCAUUAUCACCAAAUUUUAUUUGCCAUAAAGGGGACGAUGAAGAAUCAGAUGAAGUUGCUAAAUAUUGCAACGGAAUGAAUCAUGAAGAAGGUAAAAUGGUAUAA